CUGGCCACCCCGCACUCACCUCUGCCUCACUCUCCUCCCGUCCGUCUACCCGCUGACUGUCCUUCCCGCUCGUCUACCCGCUGACUGUCCUUCCCGCCGUCCACGCUAAGAGUUGUCAUCAGCAGCUUGCCGUGCCAGAGUGACGAUGAUGGGUGUCAGGUUCCAAGGCUUCCUGGUGCUGCUCCUCUGUAACUAUGUUGCGGGUGAGAUGUGCCCAGACGAGGAAGAGAUCGCCUGCAUGAACCAGGACAAGUGUAUCCCACUCAGGUACAUCUGCGACGAGGACGAUGACUGUAACGAUGAUAAUGACGAGGACGAUGAGCUCUGUCAGGCGUGGAGUAACGAUGAUUGUGAGAGAGGGUCAGCAAUGUGUCAGAGGCUGGGCAACUCCUUCUGUACCUCCAUCGUCUCCUACUGUGAUUACCAGGACCCACCCUGUGAAGGAAACCUCGACCCAAGGAUCUGUGUCAUGAUAAAAAACAACACAGUGGCUCCUCUGCAUACCAUCCGCCCUCCUCUCUCAAACAAGAAGAGUAACUUAAAUGACAGCCUGGAGCUUGCGGACGAAUUCAACGCGGUAAUGAAUAGCACUUUCAGCCACCCACAGUGUCCUACCAUGUAUACUCUGGUGGGAGAUCAGUGCCUUUCACUCUUCUUUGUCGGCAGUGUAAGCUGGGGUGAAGCUCAGGCAUUCUGUCAGGUGCUUGGCGGAGACCUGAUCACCUUCAAGAACAUCAGCCAUUACGCUGCCGUCGUCAGUCACCUCCGGAACUCCCAGAUGACCGCAGACUUCUGGGUUGGUGGCCGCAUGGUGGACGAGUCACAGGGCUGGACCUGGAUUGAUAGUGUCCCUAUGGAGCUCGGGUCCCCCUUCUGGGCCGUCAGGUAUAUUGAAGAAUGCAAGACGCGCAACGUGACCUACCCGGAGCUGAACAUAACCCGUGAGGCUAACGUCGGUACCUGCUACAGUUACCAGCAGGCGCCGCAGGAGCACCCCGUCGGCAACUGCGUCGCCGCCUCCUACGAGCACUACUACUACAUGAUCGACUCAGACUGCCUCGAAAAGAAGAGUCCUCUGUGUGUUUAUGCUGAUGAUGAUUACCCUGAUGAACAGUAACCCCUUUAAACUGCUGAACUAACGAAUGGGAAUCUUGUGAGAUUAGGACUCCGGUGAGAGGUUCAUGAUAGUUUAGGGCAGGUUUGGCUACACUGAGGCGAUUUAUAGGUACGACUAGAAAUAGCUAAAACUUAGAUCGGAAAGAUUGACCUAUAUUUGAGUAAUCGAGUACAUUUGAGAAUGUUUUAGGCUGGGAGUGGUGAGAGUAGAAGCACGGAUGUCUAUUUUGUUGAUGAGAGUGAAAAUAUCAGGCCUCGAGUAGGUUAUUAUGGGGGAGUUGGAAACACUUACUUAACUUUAAACUUAUCAGUAUUAUCAAACACCAGAUCACCAGUAAUUUCAGUACCUCAAAGUCAAUCAUUAUUACAACAGUUGCCGUUAUGGUAUCAGUGCCGACUGUUGGUGCAUACAACUACGAUAGCCGUCCACGGAACAGUUUAAACUUUACCUCCAUUUUUUUCUAUAACACUGUAUCAGUUUAAGAUUAUGUAAACCUUAGCAUGUCGGUUUAUUAUCAGUAUCCCCUCAUUUAUCUGAAUAAAGAUGAAAUAGAAAUA